AUGGACCUAGAAGACGAGGAGAAUAAGAGGAAUGAACUUACAGGCAACGGAAAUAGUCGUGCCUUGAAUACAAACGAGCUUGAUCCUGCAAUCCAAACACAGAAGAUCCGAAUCUAUCCAAAAGAACCGUUUUCAUUGAUGUUGGAUCCAGCCGAUCCUAUUCCUUCUUGUCUCAGAUUAGAGUUGCAUGGCUGUUCUGCACCAGCUGACUGUAAGGACCCCGGAAGUCCUCCGAACGGGGUGCGGAAUGGAAAUCAUUUCGGUCAUGGAAAACAGAUAACGUUUGCUUGCGCGAAAGGUUUCAUGCUCGUUGGUAGCGCGACUUCUGUUUGUCAUAAAGGGACAUGGACUCACGCACUUCCCAGCUGCAAAGCUUCGUGCCCAGAUCCUGGAAUUCCUCAACACGGUCAACGAGUUGGUUCCAGUUUCGGACAUGGCAAACAGUUACGAUUCAUAUGUGAAUCAGGAUAUUGGCUGGUGGGAAGUCAACUGAUCGUUUGUAAUGAAAGCAAAUGGAGUAACGGCAUCCCCAAAUGUAAAGCUGUUUGUAGCGAUCCAGGAAUGCCGGAGAAUGGAAUCAGAAUCGGUGACGAUUUUGGUGACGGUCAAAUGGUGGCUUACAGAUGUAAUGAGAACUUUAACUUAGUUGGCGCGUCUACGUCCUUUUGCAUAGCAGGACAGUGGAAUUCCACAAAGCCAACGUGUAAAGUGUCCUGUCCUGAUCCUGGAGUGCCCCAGGACGGUAUAAGAAUCGGUUCCAAUUUUGCCCAUGGAAGGACCGUGACAUUCCUCUGCCUACAAGAUUUCAGUUUGGUGGGAAGCCAAUCAAUGACAUGUCAUGACGGGAAAUGGAGCACUGUUCUUCCUGUUUGCAAGGCGUCUUGUGAAGACCCAGGAUCGCCUCAAAAUGGUGUUAGACAUGGAAUCGAGUUUGGUCACAACAAGCGUAUCUCCUUCACAUGCCUUUCGGGAUUUCAGCGGAUUGGAAGUUCGACAGCAUUGUGUAUCAGUGGAAAGUGGAGUGCUUCUCUUCCUCAGUGUAAAGCUUUUUGCCUGGAUCCUGGUAUCCCUGUAAAUGGAAACAGAAUCGGCGAUGAUUUCCUCGAUGGACAGACUGUGGCGUUCGGAUGUCAACCAGGCCACACGCUGAUUGGGUCGCAGGUUCUAGAAUGCGUGGCUGGAAAAUGGGAUAAUGACUUACCGGAGUGUAAAGCCUCGUGCCCAGAUCCCGUUGUUCCUUUACAUGGCCGAGUUCUUGAUUCUAAGCCUGGUAACCGACACGGACAGCAGGUGACAUUUGCUUGUGAUCCUGGCUUUAAACGAACAGGAUCGUCAAUCAUUAGGUGCAAGAAUGGAAUCUGGAACUCUUCUGCGCCCUUGUGUACCGAUAUUGACGAGUGUACAGAGGGACAUUCCGACUGUCAUGCGAACGCUACGUGCAAGAAUAGUGUGGGCUCAUUUACAUGUACAUGUAAUGCGGGCUCAGUUGGAGAUGGCAAAAUCUGCUUUGCAAACUGCAAGGAUCCGGGAAUUCCACGAAAUGGCACACGGACAGGCAACAAUUUUGAACACGGUCAAUUACUUAACUUCACGUGCAAUAAUGGCUACACGCUGAUUGGUCGCAAGUCAAUAGUCUGUCAGAAAGGAAUUUGGAGUUCAUCUCUACCUCAGUGCAAAAAGUCCUGCAUUGAUCCUGGUACUCCCCAAAACGGUCUAAGGAUAGGCGGCGACUUCCGCCACGGAAUGAAAGUGACGUUUGAAUGUCAGCCAACCUUUAAGAUGACCGGCUUCGCCAGCAUGACUUGCCUUGACGGAGCAUGGAAUCACAGACUUCCAGUAUGCUCAGCAAAUUGCAAAGAUCCAGGAACUCCACGAAAUGGCGCACGGACAGGUGACAAUUUUGAACACGGUCAAUCAGUUACCUUCACGUGCAAUAAUGGCUACACGUUGAUUGGUAGGAAGUCAAUGGACUGUCGGAAAGGAAUUUGGAGUUCCUCUCUACCUCAGUGCAAAAAGUCCUGCGUUGAUCCUGGUACUCCCCAAAACGGUCUCAGGAUAGGCGGCGACUUCCGCCACGGAAUGAAAGUGACGUUUGAAUGUCAGCCAACCUUUAAGAUGACCGGCUUCGCCAGUAUGACUUGCCUUGACGGAGCAUGGAGUCACAGACUACCGGUAUGCUCAGCAAAUUGCAAGGAUCCAGGAAUUCCACGAAAUGGCGCACGGACAGAUGACAAUUUUGAACACGGUCAAACGGUUAGCUUCACGUGCAAUAAUGGCUACAUGUUGAUUGGUAGCAAGUCAAUGGACUGUCGGAAAGGAAUUUGGAGUUCAUCUCUGCCCCAAUGUAAAAAGUCCUGCAUCGAUCCUGGCAAUCCACUGAACGGGCGCAGAAUAGGCUUGGAUUUCCGGCAUGGCAAGAAAGUCUCGUUUACUUGCCUAGCCAAUUUUAAAUUGACGGGCACUUUCAGAAUCAUUUGCCUCGACGGAACAUGGAGUAACAAAGUUCCCACAUGUAAAGCUGUUUGCAAGGUCCCUUCCAAGCUGGACAACGGAGUGAUAUUGGCGGACAAAUUUGAUAACGAGGGUAUCAUCGAGUUUACUUGCAACCAUGGCUACAAGUUAAUAGGCCCACGUGUAUUACGCUGUGACAGUGGUAAAUGGAAUAACAACAUUCCAAGUUGCCGUAGAGAUGUUUGCCCCAGUCCCCCUAGACUUGUUCACGGCUCGCAUGAUGGUAAUGAUUUCAGCAAUGGUAGAAACGUAACAUAUUCUUGUGACCCACUGUAUGUGUUGGAAGGAUCUGAGUUCAUGACAUGCGUGGACGGACAGUGGCUUGGCCAAAUUCCAGUUUGCCGAGCUCACUGCCAACCCCCCACUACACCAGCAAAUGGCUUUAUGUUCGGUGACAACAUCCAACACCAAAGUAAUGUCCAGUUCUGGUGUGACGAGGGUUUUAUUUUACGAGGUUCAAAUAGCAGUCAAUGCAAUGAUGGAAGGUGGGAUUCCCCAACUCCUAUUUGUGAAGGUAACAUUAACUGGAUUAAAAUGGUCUUCUUUGAACACGGUCAAACGGUUAGCUUCGCGUGCAAUAAUGGCUACACGUUGAUUGGUAGCAAGUCAAUGGACUGUCGGAAAGGAGUUUGGAGUUCAUCUCUGCCCCAAUGUAAAAAGUCCUGCACCGAUCCUGGCAAUCCACUGAACGGGCGUAGAAUAGGCUUGGAUUUCCGGCAUGGCAAGAAAGUCUCGUUUACUUGCCUAGCCAAUUUUAAAUUGACGGGCACUUUCAGAAUCAUUUGCCUCGACGGAACAUGGAGUAACAAAGUUCCCACAUGCAAAGCUGUUUGCAAGGUCCCUUCCAAGCUGGACAACGGAGUGAUAUUGGCGGACAAAUUUGAUAACGAGGGUAUCAUCGAGUUUACUUGCAACCAUGGCUACAAGUUAAUAGGCCCACGUGUAUUACGCUGUGACAGUGGUAAAUGGAAUAACAACAUUCCAAGUUGCCGUAGAGAUGUUUGCCCCAGUCCCCCUAGACUUGUUCACGGCUCGCAUGAUGGUAAUGAUUUCAGCAAUGGUAGAAACGUAACAUAUUCUUGUGACCCACUGUAUGUGUUGGAAGGAUCUGAGUUCAUGACAUGCGUGGACGGACAGUGGCUUGGCCAAAUUCCAGUUUGCCGAGCUCACUGCCAACCCCCCACUACACCAGCAAAUGGCUUUAUGUUCGGUGACAACAUCCAACACCAAAGUAAUGUCCAGUUCUGGUGUGACGAGGGUUUUAUUUUACGAGGUUCAAAUAGCAGUCAAUGCAAUGAUGGAAGGUGGGAUUCCCCAACUCCUGUUUGUGAAGCCACUUGCCUGGCUCCUGCCAACAUAGAGCAUGGCUCGUAUAGAGGAAGUGAUUUUUCUGCGGGAGAUAGUGUCACAUACACAUGUGACGAUCAGUAUUUCUUAGAUGGCUCAUCUGUAAUCACUUGCCUCGAUGGGCGGUGGAAUGGUACUCCGCCAAUCUGUAGAGCUCCAUGUUCUCCACCAGUUGCCCCCGUCGAUGUAUUUGUGAGUGCGUUUGGCAUAAACGUGUCACAUGACAGAAACAAGACAAGAAGAUAUUCCCCAGAAAAAAGAAACGAAAAUGUGUUGUACGACAGUCUAAGACAACAUUCCCCUGUUUUUUAUCACUACGUUGCAGCAAGAAACUGUGGCCAUCCGGGAACUCCUGUAAACGGCAAUAUAAACAGCUAUGUGUUUACUUACGGAAGCACAGUGGAGUAUACAUGUGAUAAAGGUUAUACUUUGGUUGGAUCCAAGCAAAGGGUUUGUCAAGCCAACCAAACGUGGAGUGGAACAUCACCUCAGUGUACAACGGUAAACUGCGGUCCAAUCGCUGCUCCUAUUAAUGGCGAGAAGAUCAUAGAGACCUCAACGUUCCUUAACGGCGAAGUAAAGUUCCGAUGCAUUGGACUACAAUUUAAAUUGGCGGGAGACUCAACACGAAAAUGUCUUCGAAGUGGACAGUGGAGUGGCACACAGCCAAUUUGUCAAUUGAUCAAUUGCGGUGAUCCAGGAACUCCGAAAAAUGGCAUCAGAACGGUUCAUCGCGGUUUCUACUACUCCGGCCAUGUGGUAUACAAAUGUGACAGAAAGUACAGAAUGGACGGCGCACCUAGAAUCUAUUGCUCAAGAGAUGGAAACUGGACAAAACCUAAACCUAGAUGCCUAGCUCCCUGCACGAACCCAGGAGCGCCCAAAAAUGGCCGACGAAGUGCAAGUGACUUCAGACAUAACAGAACCGUUCGAUUCUAUUGCGACAAGAAUUUCCGGUUGGUCGGCGCAAGUAAAAUAAUAUGCAAUAACGGAAAUUGGAGUGCCGCCGUGCCGAGAUGCAGAAGAAAUUCACGGCUUGGAUAAAGACGAAGAGCGUGAUAUGCAAAACGACUAAACAUGGCUUAUAAAUACGGGCCGUUUAUUUGAACAAAGCUAAAAUUAAACCUGGUUAAGUUUAAACCGUGGUUAGACCGGGCUAUGCGGAAUUUAAAUUUCGUCAACUGAGCGCGAAAGAGACCGAAUUCGCGAAGAACGCGUUUUAAAUGUCGUUCUAUAAAUGCCUUUAUUGUUGUUUUGACAUCACUGAUGCAUGUUCUUCGACCAGGAGAACACUUUUCUCGGGCUAUUGUUUUCUCUUAAAGAAAAGGUUCCUUUCACAACGUUGUACAGAACUGUGUGGAAUUUUUUCAUAAACUGAACUCAACGAUAUAUUUAACGGAAUACGAAAUGGGGGUUCAAGUAUCACCAUCAAACAGCUCUGAGAUUGUGGAGGGGCAUAAGGACAAAAGUUAAGUUCCCUUUGAUCCCAAUAGACGUUAACGGUUAAAUGACGUUUAAUAAACGUACUCAGGAACCGGUCUAACUUGCUUUUGUUUUGUUUUGUUUUGUUUUGUUUUUUUCCACCUAGACUCAUUUUAAUUAAUCGGCCCUUAAUAUGUAAAGUAUAUAUGUUACUUAAGCAAUAAUUUUAAAAUCGUUUCAUGCUUUGUAUUUUAUUGUGAAAUUAAAGAUGCAUUUGGUUUAUUUAUCUUA